AUGCAACGUGUUGGCUGCGGUCUUGUGCGGUCUGGGCAGGGUUGCUGCCGCUCGACGGUGCUUCACUGCAGUCUGGCGGCCAUCUCGACCGGUGUCUUCGAUCAUUUGCCGUUUCAGAACCGCCGUCGGCACACCUUCAACACUCUUCCUUUGCAUGACGCCAACCGGUUUGGAGGUCGCACGGCGUACCUGCGGGAGAUUGGCCCGGUGAACAUAAAGAAGAGUGGCCGCCGCUUCAAGAAGGACCUGCGGACGGUGCAGUUUAACGUUGACAUCUGGUGCGCGCAGCAGACGCUGCGGAAGCGGUGGAAGCAGCGGGACUGGGAGGUGGUGGAGGUGCCCUUUCGGCUGGCACCUGCGGAGCAACAGCGCGUCAUACCAGAGAUAUACACCGAUGUGCCGCAGAUGACCGACCCUGAGCGUCACGACUUCAGCAACAUUCGAAAUAAAGUAUACGACCGUGAAGAGCUGCAGGGCGUGCUCUUUGGGAGCGCCGGGCCGCUGCCCUACCCUCCCCUGCAGCGCAUUGACAAGCAGGCCAUGACGUUGGAGAAGUUCCUGUAG